AUGGGACUCAGUGGGGAAGCGGUUCCGCACCGUUAUUGCGGAAUAAUAUUGUGUUCGAAUUGUCCCCUUGGUUAUUCUACUUUAUUUUGCGACCUUUUUUCUAUUGAACCAUUUGCACCUGUUUCGCUUAUACCGCUCGUCAUUAUUCGCAACAUCAGUGUUGCGUCUGCUAGCCUAACUUGGAUCGCUGCUGUUGUGCUCGGAGUUUUGCUUCUCAUCGUUGUGGUCGCUUUGACGAUUUGGCUUUUCACCAGGGAUCGGGGUGAAACUUAUAAAUUAUACGAGAAGGAACGUGCUCACGGAAAUGACCCGAUCCAAGAAAUUAAGGAAACUGAAGGAUUCAAAACAUAUCAGAGACAAGAAGAGCAGCCAAUCGCCUCCAGUCGUUACUCUCUCAAUGACGGAAGCCUGCACGUGGGGUCCGAUGAAGACGGCGAGCUGGAAGAAUAUGACAAGGACUACAACGAACAAGGCUCUUUCAUUCACGAUUACGCCGCAGAUCCCGCUUUGUCCCGCCCCAUCUUCGAUUCCCCGUCGCUUGAAAUAUCCGCUAACGGCCCGCGACGCCCUGGGCAAAGUCAUCCGGUUGUAUAACUUUACGGCGCCUCUUUGACUUUCCUUCUCCAAUUCCCGUUUCGCUACACCACUUCUCCCGACUCUUACGCUGACAAUUCGUACUGAGGUUGCGUUGCCAACUCGUCUGAUUAACACUGGACCCGUUUCCAUGCUGCUCCAUCUACUCGAAGCACAAAAUCAAAUUUACUUAAGCGCUACUUUCACCCCACCCUCAUUCCUUUGUUACCUGAACUACGCUCGAUCACCGCUUUGGCUUACAUUGCUACGUUACACCGCUACCAUCUCUUUAUACCUGUUGUUACCCCGGUAACCAUACUUCCUGUUCGCAUAUCGCGAUCCCAAUCAUGUUGAUCGCCACACUCCAUUCUGCUUUCUCUUCUUUGUGGUAUGCAUUUCUUUCGGUGUCGCCAUUGCUCACCAUAGCUGCGCUGCUCCAAAUCGUCUUCUCUGUGCAUUCGCACCUCUGUGCUCAUCUGUUCUCUCGUACUUCCCAAUCGCUCGGCAUUCCGAUUCGCUGGUCAUUUGGCCACUUUAGUCGCAUUUUGUUCCUUUCAAUCAAGAUAUCACGUUUGUUCCUAGCGCGUAGUCAUUUUGUCCUCUUCCAUUGUGUACUUUUUUACAACUAAGAAGCAGAUAACAUAUUUUUCCACGAACUGCUCUGCUUUUUGUCAACCAGGAUACCCCGCGAAUGACGUAUGAUGUGUUCCUG